AUGACCGUCUACCUUCUGUCGAAGAUAGGUGACCCCCUAUUCGCCCUCACAAUGGGUGUCACAGCUGCACUCACUCGCAUCCGCCGCGACCAACAAGAGAAGAACCCCGAACGAGCAUCGGAGAUUGGGUACGGAACCAUCGCACAACUUGGCCAACGACGACUACAGCGGUGGUGGAAUGGAGAUUUCAAGGACUUAUGA